UAUCCAGAUUUGUAGACACCAUACAACUGAGCUACAAAGGAGACAGGGCCUUCAGGUAUUCACAGCGCAUGGUCGUCACCUUUACCGUGGCACUCAUUUGUUUGUAUCAGAUAUCGAUACUUGUGUUAGGAGUCGGAACAUUUCUUAUUCAGUACGGGGAAAAACACAUGUCGCAGAACACAACCGACUCUAUUUUUGGUCCAAUCUUAGAUACAUUGAAUAACGUUCUAAAAGCGUCUUUCUACGUUUCCUUCACAAUUACAACUCUGAUGUCAGGUGUCGUCAUUUUUCAAAUUAUGAUCUCCUAUCGGAAGAACUUGGAGGCACUGUAUAAAGGGGAUUUUUCGUGUGUUCCUAGCGAGGCUCGUCAACAAUCGGCUGUUACAGUAAUGACAAAUAGUUUACAUUAUUCUGGUACCCAGAUAGCCUACCUCUUUUGGAGCUACGUGAUACAGAUGCUUGUGCUGUCGAUUGUCUGCAUAUGUGUUGCAUAUUUAAUAGUACUACCGAUUCUGGGUGAUGUACCCAUGAUCUUCCUUCAGCCCUUUCUGACAGUCAUAACGACAUCUGCCAUUGCCUUUGUGAUAUACUGGCUACAAAAAUUCGUGUCCAGGAAGUGGCUUUUACAGGACCACAAAGUGACCAAUAAGGACUCGAAGUGGCCGGACCCCGUGUUGGCUCUCAACAACAGAAAAGCCUAUCACAACAUGGCGUAUUUCGUGUUUUUCUACUACAUAUUCAUCGGAAUAGUCCGCUGUCUUAUGAAGAUUUUUAAAGCCAUUUUUCUGGGUGUAGUCUUUUUUGGAAGAAUAGACAGAAGCGGACUCAUGAAUGGUUUUGAGACUUGGGAUACAGGUUACAUGGCGUACGUAAGUUUCCUUCAAAUGGAGCUGGUCCACUGUCAUCCUGUAUUGGUAGUGUUUUGUGACCUGCUCUGUCACAGGUUGCCGGGCAACAUCCAAGUACCAAUGCAACGCGCCACGUCAUCACUUGACGUGACAACAAGGUCCGGGAACACAUCGAUAUCGACGACAUUGCCUGUGAGAAGUUACAGAACGGUAGAUAAAGUUACCGCCAUCAGUCCGUUACCUAAAUACAAUCAGAGGAUACAUAACCGCUGGCUUAAAGUCUAUACUCUGCUGAAGAAUCCCUCUUUGGCUGUCAAAUAGUGAUAAAACUAAUUGUUUUCUUACGCUUGACAUACUUGUUUUCCUGUGGUUUCUAACUUUAUCAUAUAAUCACACCAAAUGUUAUUUUACAUGAUGCGAUUCCUUUUAUCUUUUCAUGAAAAUAUUUGUACAUGCUGCCUUAAAAAGAUUUCAAUGUGUGUUUAAGUUGACACUAUUUUUGAAUUGCAUAAAACACAAUCAUAGAUGUGGAGUUGGCUUUUUUUCACUUGUUGGAACUUGGGUGCAUUUGGCCUGCUGUAGUUAUUUUUUUUCUUUAAACAACGUUUACAUAUUGCUCAUAUAUUGAUGUUAUCAUUACAAACUACAUACGCAUAUUGGUCUUAAAUUGU